AUACGCACACACUUCCUGGUGGAGCUCCCCCUCUCCCCUGCGAAGAAUCAAAAUACAUUCCUAGCAAGCCAGCUACACAAGUUGUCAAAAAGUUAUGCUUGUUUGUCAAGUGGAUAGACAAAACAGUUUUUAUAAAAAUGGACGUUAUUCCAGGUUUUUUUUUACAUGAAUAGUAGAAAAUAUCCCCAUGUCCACAUAACCGGCACUGGUGACAAGUCAUCUACGAAGAGUUGGAUUGUUGAAGCUAAGAAAGUCCUGGUAGCUAGCGUUACCAACCGGGCCAGCCAGCUAACUAAGUUACUAGCUGACCUAAGCUAGUAAUGUCUCUAUCGUUACCACCAGCGGAAAUGCUUGAAACACCACCUGGGUAUCCCUUUGAAGAAAUCAAUUAUGAGGACAUUGAAGUUGAGGAGGUGGUGGGGAGAGGAGCUUUUGGGGUCGUCUGCAAAGCAAAAUGGAAAGGAAAAGAUGUUGCAAUCAAGACUAUUGAGAGUGAAUCAGAGAGGAAAGCCUUUAUUGUUGAGCUCAGACAACUUUCACGUGUGAAUCACCCCAACAUUGUGAAACUGUAUGGCUCUUGCAAUAGUCCAGUUUGCCUUGUGAUGGAAUAUGCAGAAGGUGGAUCAUUAUAUAAUGUACUGCAUGGUGCUGAACCCCUCCCCUAUUACACUGCUUCCCAUGCUAUGAGCUGGUGUUUACAGUGUUCCCAGGGUGUGGCCUAUCUCCAUGGCAUGAAACCAAAGGCUCUCAUUCACAGGGACCUCAAACCACCCAAUCUACUUCUGGUGGCAGGAGGCACUGUGCUGAAGAUUUGUGACUUUGGAACAGCAUGUGACAUUCAGACACACAUGACCAACAACAAAGGAAGUGCAGCAUGGAUGGCCCCAGAAGUAUUUGAAGGCAGCAAUUACAGCGAGAAGUGUGAUGUGUUCAGCUGGGGAAUCAUUCUUUGGGAGGUGAUCACCCGCAGGAAGCCCUUCGAUGAAAUCGGAGGGCCAGCUUUUCGCAUUAUGUGGGCUGUGCACAAUGGCACAAGACCACCUUUAAUCAAGAAUUUGCCCAAGCCCAUUGAAAGCCUAAUGACUCGCUGUUGGUCCAAAGACCCCUCUCAGCGGCCUUCCAUGGAAGAGAUAGUGAAGAUCAUGACUCAUCUAAUGAAGGUUCAUAUGUAGACUACACUGGUAACAGCACAAGCUACAGAAGUGAUGCGAACAUGGAGCACAGUGAUUCUCAAGGGAGCAAUGACACUAUUAAGAUUACGCCUCAGUUUGCACCUCAUUUCAAGCCAAAGGGAGACACAUUAAGGAAUGUGUCUCUUUCCAGAGGGGGCAGCGUUGAGAGUCUGUCAGCACGAACACAGUGCCUGUCUUCUUCUGACAGCAAAAGAAUGAGUGCUGACCUGUCAGAGUUGGAGCCCAAGAUGCAGUUUGCACCUGCAGCAAACCCCCCGUAUAAGCGAGGCCACCGUAAAACUGCAUCAUUCGGAACCAUACUGGAUGUCCCCAAGAUCGUCGUUACAGCCACAUGUGAGUCUCAGAGACGUCGGUCUGUACAGGAUCUGCCAGGCAUCUGCACAGAAUCCAGCCAGGGGAGUAGGAACAGCAGUCGAUCUUCCAGUCCAAGUGUGAGAAUGAUGCCGCCUGACAAGACAAGUGGCAGGGGCUAUUUCUCCCCCGAUGACCCCACAGAUACAAAUGGCUCAGACAACUCCAUUCCCAUGGCUUAUCUCACCCUAGACCAUCAGCUGCAGCCCCUUGCUCCCUGUCCCAACUCCAAAGAGUCCAUGGCUGUUUUUGAGCAACACUGCAAGAUGGCCCAAGAAUACCUGAAAGUGCAAACUGAGAUUGCCUUGCUAAUCCAAAGGAAGAAGGAGCUCAUUGCUGAACUGGACCAAGACGAAAAGGACCAGCAGAACACGUCCCGUCUGGUGCAGGAGCACAAAAAGCUGCUGGAGGAGAAUAAGAGUCUGUCCACAUACUACCAGAAGUGUAAAAAACAGCUGGAGCUGAUCCGGGUUCAGCAACAGAAGAGACAGGGCACGUCAUGAUGAGACACAAACUCUGCCACUCCCCCUCCUCACCCCCCCCCCCUCGUCACCUCCACCCUCCUGCGCUCCUCAACAUUGCACACCAACACUACCCGUCAUCUGCUCUGCACAUACACUGCUCCCAGUCCAGCUUUGGAAAGAGACCUCUAUUCUACUGUCUGCUGCAUGUUGCAUUGUAGACCCAACAGGAAGACCUUUGUCUCCUGUACAUACAUUUGCACAUCCUCACAGUGUCUUCUGUGAGCGCAGACCAAACAAUCACUGGUCCUCCAUUCAGAUGAGCCCAGACACUGCCGCUGACGUCUAUGACCGAGACAACUUGCUGAUGAGACGCAGGUUGUGUUUUCUCUGUGUUUGCUCUCAGGGCCUGUGGGCUAACCAGUCAGUGUCUGUUUGCGCUCCUCAGUGGUUAAUGGCCACACCAUCCUCCUCAGAAUGUGAAACUCAAAACAAAGGCUUUGAAGCAGAAUGUGCAAAAAAAUCUUUCUGCAGUGCGUGCUAGGAAUCCCUGUUAUCCAAAUCAUAGCCCCUUUUUAAAUUCACCCAUUAUCUCUACCUUUUUAAUUGUGAGCAUGAGCCUCUCCAUAGACCUCCAGUCAGAUGUGUCAGCAGAAGGAAGAGCUUCACAUUAAAAUACACAUUAAAAAGUGGGCUAGCUUCCAGAGUAAAUACAAGGAGCUGUGGUAUCCCUUCUUAUUUGACCUCAGUGUUGUUUUGCGUUUUGUCUUUUCUAUUCAGUAGUUCACUUUGUGUCAUUUGUUUGCAAUAGGACAUAUUUUAUCUGGUCUGUGAAUGGCCUAACGGACAAAAUAGAGGAGGGUCACCUCCCUAUACAGUAGAGGUUGUUUUUAGUUCACAUGUUGCCUUAGAAGUUGCCUGCAUUUUAAGUGCUUGUGUUAUGUGAUAUUUAGUGGGGAUAAAAGUUUUUUUUUUUUUAAGAUAUUUUUGAUCUACUGAACAUGAAUGAAAUAAUAACGGAAAGAAGAGAGAUAGAUGUGUAUCAUUGAACUGAUAAUGUAAAUGUCUGCCAGCAGCUUUAUUCCCAGGACUAUGAAAUGUACGUUUUUGUUUUUUUUUCUUGGUGUCUCACAUCUCGUAAGUAUUUUUGCACAGUUGCUAUUUAAUCAGGUUAUAUUCAAAUUGUAUUUCUCAUUAUACUGGUUCUGGUUUUAAACAUCCAAGACUUAACAACAUCUUUCUUUUUAAGUCCUCCUCUUGAGAUUGAAUUAUAACACACACACACCUCUUUUUCGAAAUGUUUCAUAAGUUAUUGGGAAGGGGGUGCAGCAUAUGACAUCAAGGAAGGCAUUAUGAAAUAAACAAAAUGGUGAAACGA